AUGCUAUAUAAAUUCAACUUGUAUGAACGUAAUGAAAGAUCACGGUCGAGGUCACCUAUCAGUGGAAUGAAAAACAAUGAGGAAGGGGCUCAAGCGUCUAGAAGAAUCCCGGGGCUCAGAGGACACAUGGUGUACGCCGAUCCGCUUGGAUAUACUUAUGUACAAAACAAUGUAUUAACAAAUCGACGGCAACUUCGAAGUUCACGGUAUGAACAAGGUUGUAGGUCAACAGCAUCAAUGUCUUUAUAUCCGGUAAAUGCGCCAAUUGUUAUGUAUUGUGGACAUGACCAUCAUUACGGGCUCGACAUUGAAAUUGGUGCAUUCAUUCAAUGAAGCGCUGAGACAGCAAGCUUUAGUGGAGGGAACAUCAGCUAGAACGAUUUUUGAAGAAGAAGCUAGAAGGACAGAAGAUUCCCAAAUGCAGCUAUGGAGGCACGAGCUGAACAAGCUCUUCGAGCAAUUCGCUAUAUUCGUUGUCGCUCUAUAUAUUUUAUAAAUCGGAGUAGUAUU